GGACACUCACACGCACGCAGGGCGCAGCUACAGGCCGCGAGGCCCUUCGGCGGCUCCCGCCCCUCGAACUCCAUUUCCCAGCGCGCGCUGCGGCCCGGUCCUGCCGGCGGGAGGCGGCUCCGCUCUCGGUCCGGAGGCGCGUGCGGGGAGCCGGGGCCAUGAGCCGCCUGGGCUCGGUGCAGCGGAAGGUGCCCUGCCUGUUUGUGACGCAGGUGAAAGAGGAGCCCUCGGCCAAGCGGGAGCGCCAGCCAUUUAAAGUUUUGGCAACAGAAACCAUAAAUAGAAAAGCGUUAGAUGCAGAUAUAUACAAUGCAAUUCCAACUGAGAAGGUGGAUGGAACCUGCUGUUAUGUAACAACGUAUAAAGGGCAGCCGUAUCUUUGGGCGAGGUUGGAUAGAAAACCCAACAAACUAUCUGAGAAAAGGUUUAAAAGAUUCAUGUAUUCAAUGGAAGACUCAAAAGAAUUUAUUUGGAAUAUUGAAGAAGACUUCAGACCUGUCCCAGAAUGCUGGAUUCCAGCAAAGGAAAUCCAGCAAUCCAGUGGAAACCUUUUGCCUGAUGAAAAUGGACACAUUCCAGGUUGGGUGCCAGUGGAGAAAAAUAGCAAACAAUAUUGCUGGCAUUCAUCUGUUGUUAAUUAUGAGGCUGAAAUAGCCCUUAUAUUGAAGUGCCAUGCUGAUGAUCCUGGACUUUUGGAAAUCAGUUCCGUGCCAUUAUCGGACCUUUUGGAACAAACACUGGAGCUUAUUGGAACUAAUAUUAAUGCAAAUCCAUAUGGAUUAGGAAGUAAGAAGCACCCUGUCCAUCUUCUUGUACCACAUGGAGCAUUUGAAAUAAAGAAACCACCUAUGCUGAAGCACAGUGAUAUAUUGUCUUGGUUUGAAAGCUGCAGAGAGGGUAAAAUUGAAGGAAUUGUAUGGCAUUGUAAUGAUGGACAUUUAAUCAAGCUCCAUCGACAUCAUCUUGGUAUGUGCUGGCCAAUUCCAGAGACAUAUCUGAAUUCUCAACCAGUUGUCAUUGCUGUUAAUAGGACCAAAUAUGACUGUGACUUUGAACCAAAGUGUUUGUUUAACCAUUUUUCAAAGCUGGAUGGGCAGAGGUUCAGUAGACUAAAAGAUAUAAAGUUUAAUGUUUAAAGAGAAAAAAGAAUCUUGUCAGAGAUGGUUGCCAUAUGUAUUAUUGUACCUUCUUCUCCUGCUUUGCCUACACUAUAAGUGGAUAUUUUUGCAAAUAAUUGUGGCAUAGGUAGCUCCAUAGCUACAAUGCAAAUGAUUGGCAUAAAUAUGGUCAAUAAUAUGAAGCAAAAGAGCAGUAAAGGCAAAUCCAAAAUGGAUCUCCCUCUCUUAGAUUUCAGUACGUUUGUUGUUUGGUUUUGAAAGAGCCUUAAUUUUUUAAACUGUUAGGGCUAAGAGGAGGACAGUGUUUAAUGUUAGCUGCUUUCAGGGGCUUGUAUAGUGAAGCAGAAAGUGAUGGUUUUAAAACAAAAACAGAAGUCAGCUAACUUUUAGUUUCUGAAUUUUUACAGCCUGCAGUUUACUCUGAAGUCAAACUGCAACUCACAGGACAUUCUUAUGUUUAGGCCCCAGACCUAGGGCCCAAUGCUUUCUAUAAUAUCUGUGAAUAACACAGAUUUAAAUCGGUAAGUGAGACCAUAAUCAGGCCCUACAUUUAAAAAAAAAAAGUUUACAAUUGUAAUUUUUUUAUUUGGAUUUAAACAUUCCACAAUAUUUGUAAUCCCCCUCAUGCUGCAGUAGUGUACUAAGGCUUGAAAACCAAGUAGUGACAUUGUUUACAUUAUCCGAUCUCUUGGGACAAAUUGUUUGGGUUUUUUUUGUUAAUAAGCUGGCAUAAAUAGUGAAAAGUAAACUAGUUUUAAUUAUUUUGAAAAUGCUUUGUAGAAACAGACAAAUAAAAGGAAUGUGAUAGUCCAUAAGCGUUUAGAAAAUAACUAUCAAGUGGAGCGUGUAAUGUUUCAAAAAAACUUAGAAAAAUAGACAAUUCAAAUUGUGUAUUCUCAAUUUCGUUCUAUUUACAUCUGUGCUCUGCACGUACCAUACAUCCACCAACACUAAAUCUAUAAAAAUAACAGUUUUCAAAUAAAUUAGCUUUACAUCUAAGCACAAAAAAUAUAUAUAUAUUCAUUGCCUUGAAGUAUUACAACUCUUUCUGUUGUGCAGUAGUGUCAGACAGCAGGUUUGGUUUGUAGUCAAGGGCUUCCUCACCCCAGGAUUGCUGAAAUCCUUUGAUCUCUCCUGCUGUUUCCUGCUGUCAUUUCUGAACUAAAGCAUAAAAUAUGCAAAACAAGUGGGGAGGAAAUAAGACAAGUUUUCACAUUGAUUGCUAGAUCUAUAGCAUCUGAAGCACUAACAACAAGAUUUUAGUAACUUUUUGGAAAAGUCUGCUUCUCUCUUUCUCUGGUGUCAAAUUAUUGUAACUUCAAUGGAGCUGGUCCUAAUUCACAACGGUGAGAAAUUAGAAUCAAGCUUGCAUACAAGUGGUAAUACAUAUAACCGCCAAGUGACCCAAUUUGUGUGUUACUACUUAAAAUACUUAACAUGGAUUUAAUCAAUAGACACAUUGGCUGGAAUAUCCACAUGAACACCAAACUGUUCAGAAAGUUGCUUUAAUUUCUCCUCCAAGAUAAUAUUUUUUUUUACUUCUUCAUUAUAGUUGUAUUUCAGAUCCUCAAUUUCUUCAAAAAAGGAAGGGUCAAAGUUAUCCAGUUCUCUUUUCAGCUGUUUGAUUUCUUCCUAAUAAAAGAAUUGAAUAGUACCAACUUACUACAAUUUAGAAUUCUACAUUCUGUUUUUGUGCCAAUGUGUAUAUAAAAGGACUAAAUGACAACAUUAAUUG